GCUGGGUUUCAGGUUCACCUUGACUCCUGGAGCCGCAGCGGAGCAGGUACCCGCUCCUGCACCUGUUUCUCUUGCACCUGCCAUCCAGCUGCUCCUACCCAGCUCUCCUGGCCUGAGCCUUGCCUGGCGCGGCACCCUGGAGGCACCCCUACCUCCCCCAGUCUCCCUCCCAGGGAGCUGCUACACUCAGCUCCUUCUCUAAGGAAGGUCUCGCCUCCAGCGCAGAGCAGCCAGGAUUACAGAAGGCCCCACCCUCGGCUCGGGGACGCCAUGACCGAAGUGGGAUGGUGGAAGCUGACCUUCCUGCGGAAAAAGAAAUCCACGCCCAAGGUGCUCUAUGAGAUCCCUGACUCCUAUGCCCAAACAGAGGGCAGUGCGGAACCCCCUGGGCCCGAGGGCGGCGGCCCCGACGGCAACUUUAACACCCGCCUGGAGAAGAUUGUGGACAAGAACACAAAGGGCAAGCACGUCAAAGUCUCCAAUUCGGGCCGGUUCAAGGAGAAGAAGAAAGUCCGAGCCACGUUGGCAGAGAACCCCAACCUCUUUGAUGACAGGGAGGACAAAGGACAGUGAGGGGGGCCAAGGAGGAUGCAAGCACCUCCCCACUCCUGCCGUCAGCUGGAUCUGAGACAGGAGCUUGCCACACUGGCCUCCUUGGCCACAGGAGCCGUGGGGGCAGUUGACGCCUGCUGGCAGGAAAUGUCUGGUUUUAGGUUUGUAUUUAUAUACCCCAGCUUUCUGGAGGGUCUGGGAGGUCCCAGGGUCCUCCCACGUCCCCCAGCACAUACAAAAGCACUCCAGCCCGAGGAUGAGAGCCCCAGCUAGGAAAGACUGCCCUCCUGGCAGUGGUGGUGCCAGCAGAGAGGUGGCCAUGGCAAGAAAUGGAGAGAGGGAGCAGACAGACUUCACCUUCUCCACAGGGGCACAGGGUCAAGGGUGAGUUUCAAUUGCUCCCUCUACCUUCUCUACCUGUUAACUGUUCUCUGGACCAAUUCUGAGAGUGACUUUUCCAGAAGCCGCCUGAUGGGGUGGUUUCCUGGAGCAGGAGGAGGUGGAGACCCUGGACUUGAGCUCACCUCCCAUCACAAGAGGGAAACGUCCUGGAAUUUGGUGCCCAGGUGUGCGGGGAGAGGAGGACACUGGGGGUUGCUGCAGAAGGCCAGGCAAGGGACCCCACGGCUUCCCGCAAACAUCCUCAGAGGGACGCUGCACUUGGCAGGGGGUAGGUAGGGAGCUCUGGUAGGACCUAAGAGCAGCCAGCUCUCUGUCCCCCUUCUCCUACUAGUAUUUAAGAGGGACAGGCCCCAGGGAUGAGUCCUGGAGCCUUGAAUUUUGCUUAAAAAAAUAAUUGUGGGUUUCUCUCUUUGUAAUAAAUGAUGCUGCAAAAGCAGAGAACCUA